AUGGAAAAUUGUUUUGGAUCCAUAUCAACGUCGCUAGGCAUUGACAUUAUUGAAAAAGACUUCGAUACUGUCAUCAAACCGCGCACUAACAUAGAGAAGGAAGACUUCGUUGAACUGUUACGAAUUUGCCUUAACGAAUGCAACUACUUAUUGUAUAAAGGUCAAUUCUAUCGACAACUGAAUGGUAUCUUCAUGGGCAGCUCCCUAGGCAACAUCAUCGUACAAAUAGUAUCGGAACACAUCAUCAACUCUGUCCUAGACCAACUCCAGAAAGAGAAAAUCAUCCCACCGAUCGUUUGGUUGGUCUACGUCGAUGACCAUCUAGUCAUUUGCCAUGAGAACGUCAGAAAGAUUAUACUAGACAAAUUAAACGCCUUCGACCCUGGCCGCAUUAAGUUUACUUGCGAAAUGGAGGAGAACCAGUCUAUUAACUUUCUGGACCUUACCAUCAUCAGACGUCACGGAUCGAUUAUUACGAAUUGGUACUCCAAGGCCAUUGCAUCCAACCGAAUCUUAAAUUUCUAUUCGGCACAUCCACGUAAUACAGUGCUCAACACAGCCAAGUCGUUUGCGAGAAAAGUUUUCGAAUACAGCCACACAGAAUUCCACACAGAGAACCUAACCAAAAUCAAUAACAUCCUUCAAAAGAAUAAUUUUCCAGUGAAUGAGAUCCACAAAUUGAUCAAAAUGGCCUCAAAACCGAUGAUUCAUAAGGCAUCCACAUCAAACGAGAAAAAGAAAACCUAUUGUUCUUUGACAUAUGUACCGAAAGUAUCUGAAUCACUCACAAGACAAAUCAAAUACUUCCUUCCGGAAGUAACUGUUGCCAACAAGCCUGAGCAAAAACUGGAUCGAUACUAUUCCAAGCAAAAAGAUAAGCUAGAUGACGACCAACUGUCUGGCGUUGUCUAUGAAAUAGACUGUCUCGAUUGCGACACCAAAUACAUCGGUGAAACUGGCCAGAAGAUAGGCACGAGAAAACGACAGCAUAAAAAAUUCCACAACCGAUACUAA